AUGGUCUCCAUUCAGUCCCUGGCUGAAGUCAAGGACCGGCUCCGAAUCCGCAGCCUCCUGGCCCGGCAGCGCCUGCCGGAGUUUCUGGCUGUGUUUGUGCUCAUGCUCCUCAUACAGGGGUCUUCAGCCCAGGCUGUCACCAGUGGAGGAACCAAAGGAAACUUCUUCACCAUGUUUCUGGCUGGCUCUCUGGGUGUUAUGCUAGCCGUCUAUAUGAGUGGUAACGUCUCAGGGGCCCACCUGAAUCCAGCCUUCUCCCUGCCCAUGUGCCUCCUGGGACACCUCCCCUGGGCCAAGUUUCUCAUUUACUCCUUGAUGCAGUUGCUGUCUGCUUUCUGUGCCCCAGGAGUCACCUAUGCUCUCUAUUACGAUGUCCUACAGAACUACACAGGUGGGAAUCUGACAGUGGCUGGUCCCAAGGAGAUGGCUUCCAUCUUUGCUACCUACCCUGCCCCCUAUCUAUCUCUGAGCAAUGGCUUCCUGGAUCAGGUUCUAGAAACCUGGAUGCUGAUGGUGGGGAUCCUGGCCAUCCUGAACACACAGAACAAGGGAGUGCCUGCAGGUCUGGAGGCUGUGGUAGUGGGGUUACUGAUCCUGGCCAUCACGCUAUCCAUGGGUGCCAACUGUGGGCUCCCAAUCAACCCCGCCCAGGACCUCGGCCCACGGCUUUUCACCUACGUAGCUGGCUGGGGCCCUGAAGUCUUCAGUGCUGGCAAUUGUUGGUGGUGGGUUCCUGUGGUGGGCCCUCUAGUGGGGGCCACGCUUGGCACAGCACAAUUGAGGACUCAGCCAUCUCAGGAUCUACACUGUGCCCAACAGGAAGCCUCAGACUCGGGAAGUCCGGCCGCAACUCAGCUGCAGGAGAGUAAGCUGUGACUCUGACAAGACAGUCGUCACCUCCUUCAUGGACACUUGAGAGGGCCAGAUACCCCAUGCCUGGUUUUCGGACCCUGGACUUCCAAGAACGUAGUUCCUCCAAAAAGCCGCCAGAGGGUGCGCACCCUGGAAACCGGAUUGGGAAGGCUUCGGGUAUCUGCAGGAUGGUGGGGGCCGACCAUCCUGUGCAGGGCAUAAUCCAGGGGACUUCUUCCAAAGUCUGGCCCCCACUGACUGACUCCCAGCUCGCGUAGCCUCAGCGCCGCCCGCCUUUAAGCUGAUUGGGGCGCCUUGCCCAG